AUGCGCAAUUUAGUGACGGCGCACCGUGGAGUACUCACCGUACGCUCGGAAACCGUGCCCGACCUUCCGCUAGCAUGGUCCGAAUUCGAUCCAUUCGCUGACACCAUGAUUUGCACCUACGGUCCAAGUGCUGACUUCCGAAAUGUAUCAGUAUUUGCAUCUUGGGAACUUCCACAAGAAGAAAAUGAGAAUGAGGAGGUGAUUAAAGUGCUUUCUUCCAAGUAUUUUUCCGAUACGGAUAACGUGGUUUUGGUGCUAUCUAAUGGCGAUUUGAUUAAUGUGACUGGAGUUGCUAGCUACUCAUCAGCUGCUGAUGGUGAGAGUGUUACACCAGGAAUUGACAGUGGUGAAGAAGCCAUUGUGGAGAUUGUAGGGUCAAUUGACGAUGGAGUGACUGAUGCCGCUUGGAGUCCUGAUGAGGAGAUUCUCAGUAUUGUGACAAGCAAGUCAGUGAUUCUGCUAAGUCGUGUUUUCGAGUCAAUUGCAGAGGCUUCGAUUCAAAAAGACGAUUUAAAGAUUUCAAAGCAUGUGUCAGUUGGAUGGGGUAAAAAGGAGACCCAGUUUGAGGGAAAGGGAGCCAAGGCUUUGCGAGAUCCCACCAUGCCGGCCAAGGUUGACUCUGGUGUUGCUGUAGAGAGUGACUCUGGUCAGUUCACGAGGAUAAGUUGGAGAGGCGAUGGUGAAUUUGUGGCAGUUAGCACCAUUGAUGAGGUUGAAGGUGGUUUAAGAAGACGUACUGUUCGAGUUUAUGGCCGGGAUGGAUCAUUAAAUAGCGUCUCAGAGCCAGUGGACUGGCUCGAGGGGGAGAUUUCUUGGAGACCAUCAGGAAAUCUUAUCGCAGGUGUACAGAAUAAGCCGUCUGGUCAGGAUCUAGUAUUUUUUGAGAGAAAUGGUUUGAGAAGAGGAGAGUUCUCAUUGAGAAGAGAGAAUCUCACGGCCGUGGGUGGAGCUAGUUCUGGCGAACAUACAAGUACUGCUCCUCCAACAGAAAUAUCACAUGCGCCUGCUGUUAAAGGGCUUGCGUGGAAUAUUGAUUCAGAUGUGUUGGCAGUGGUGUUUGAGAAUACAGUUCAGUUGUGGACAGUUAGCAACUAUGCUUGGCAUUUGAAGCAGGAGAUCCUGCCUCGAGGUGGCCAUGAAGGGCAUAUAAAGUGGAUCAGAUGGCAUCCUGAGAAGCCAUUGAGUUUGCUUGUGUGCUAUGAAAUCGAAUCAGGUUGUGUUUUCCGAUUAGAAACACAUACUUUACUGUGGUCACUGAUAUCAGGACCUUCACAACAACCCAAUGAUUUGGGUACGACAGUUAUUCUGGAUGGGUCAGAUAUCAAAAUUACACCACUAAAAAUCGCCAAUACACCACCUCCAAUGGCAUUUAGAACUUGUACUAUUGAUAAGAACGAGACAGUUUUGCAUGCUGCCGUGAACAAUACUAAUGAUACACUGGCUAUUUUGACAAGGUCGAGGAUUCUUAUUGCUGAAUGGAAUUUGUCUGCAGAAGGAAGAAAAGUAAAGACUCCACAGAUUGUAAAAGAGAUUCCAUUAUUAGCAGUUCUACCGGAUGAUACGGUUCCCAAGCAGUUAGCAUUUAUUAACAACUUGGUUGCUAUUGUAGUAGAUGAAGUUGUCGGCUCGACAAUGGUAGUAUUAGAGCUGGUGAAUGAAAUCGAUGAGAACGACGAGACACAGCUGGAGUAUUCAGUGGCUGCUGUGCACAAUAUUGUUCCAGAUGUAUUUAUUUUGAAGACUCAAUCCGACUACGGUGCAUUUGUUUUUGAGACGGUCGAUGCCAAGGUUCAUCGGUUGUCUCCGUAUGAUUUGGAAGUGAUUGAAGCUGAUAUUGCCCGAUUCCCAGAGCGCUGUAUUGCAUUUGAGGUUGACAGUGGAGUUAGCGAGGCUAUUGAGGUUGAGCAAAAGGCAGUUGACUAUGAAAAUGAUGAUAUUGAAGCUUCAGGUCCAGUUGCUGUGUUUGCAACACCCACUGCUUAUGGUCUUUCUGGCAAGGGUCGAUUAUAUGCCAAUCAAAAACAGCUUUCAGGAUCAGUUACCUCAUUGACUAUCAGUGAGAGCCAUGUCAUCUUUACAACGGCUCAGCAUUAUCUCAAAUUCUGUCAUUUGAGUGCCGACGUUGAUGAAAUCACCGUUCCAUCUGAUGAAGACCAACAGUCAGAUGAGCGAUGCCGGUCAAUUGAACGUGGUUCUUUAAUUGUUUCGGUUAUUCCAUCCAAAACAGCUCUCAUUUUGCAAGCUCCACGGGGCAAUUUAGAGACUAUUCAUCCUCGUAUCAUGGUUUUGAGUGAGGUCCGUAGGAACAUCGACGCUAUCCGUUACGACCUUGCAUUCAAGUCAUGUCGAGUUCACCGGAUCGAUCUCAACUUGCUUCAUGACUAUUCUCCUCAAACCUUUUACGAUAAUCUCGAUACAUUUGUUGACCAACUGGCUAGUGUCGAGUAUAUCGAUUUGUUUCUAUCAGGACUCAAAGAGGCAGAUGUGUCUCAAACAAUGUACAAAGAGACUAUCACUGAGGGAAUUGCCAAACUCAAGCUUGAUGAUCAAGAAGCCGAAACAGCAGCUCCAGUUGUUUCUGGUGGUCCCAAUGCCACUGGAUCCAGUGCUACUGGUGAGUCCAACAAAGUCAACCGUAUUUGUGACGCAUUGAUAUCGGUCUUGGAUACGCCUGAUCGCAGAACUACAUACUUGCAAAGCAUCCUCACAGCCCACGCAUGUAAAUCACCACCUGAUCUUGAGGCGGCAUUGCUUCUUGCAAAGGAACUAUUCCCAAGCAAGAAACCUAACUCCGGCUCUGAAGUUAAGUCUUCAACAACCAACUUGGCCGAAACAGCUGUUCAGCACCUAUGUUUCUUACAAGACGUCGAACUUCUUUACAGAACUGCCCUCGGUCUUUAUGACCUUGAAUUGACUCUUUUGGUUGCACAACAGUCUCAAAAGGAUCCUAAAGAAUACCUGCCAUUCUUACAAAACAUCCAGUUACAAACACCAUUACGAGGUAAAUUCCUUAUUGAUACACAUCUCAAGCGCUAUGAAAAAGCCUUGCUGCACCUUUCUCAACUAGGUGAAGAAGCAUUUGACGAGUUACUGGACUACGUUGUUGAACACCAGCUAUACAAGCCAGCGUUAUCCAUCUACAAAUACGACGCGGGCAAACAAGACCAAAUCCUCGAAUUGUACGCUUCAUUCCUUCAAGGACAAACCAACUACUCAGAAGCAGCUCUGGCAUAUGAAGCACUUGGCAAAUUCGAAGAUGCCGUAGACGUGUAUCAAUUAUCCGGAGACUGGAGUGCAGCAUUGGCUAUUUUGAGCGAACACAAGUCUCUGUUUAAUGAAGACAAGCUCAUUGAGACGGCUCAACACCUGGGAGAACUGGCCUAUGACGCUCAUCAGUACCAAGCCGCAGCUACAAUCCAGCUCGACUAUCUUAAAGAUAUAAAGGAAGCAGCACGAAUCCUCUGUAAAGGACAUUUAUACGACGAAGCUAUACGAGUAGUGACACUUCAUAACCACCCUGAGUAUCUCGAGUUGAUUAUUGAUUCUGGUCUGUUAGAAGGAUUCGGACAGAUCUCGGAGCUUGUGUCUGAUUGUAAAUCACAAGUCAAGUCACAAGUCAACCGAAUCCGAGAACUUCGAACUAAAAAAGCCGCUGAUCCACUAGGAUUUUUCGGCGGUGGCCCUGAAGAUGAUACCCCUGAUAACGUAUCAAUCGCACCUACCGAGUCGUCUACAGCACCAUCAUUCUUCACCAGAUAUACCGGUAAGACAGCUGGAACCGCGCAAACAGGAGCAUCUCGACGAACUGCUAAAAACAAACGUCGUGAAGAACGGAAGCGAGCUCGUGGUAAGAAGGGCAGUGUCUAUGAAGAAGAGUAUCUCGUGAAUUCCAUGGGUCGACUGAUUGACCGACUUCACGAGACCCAACCUGAAGCCACCCGACUCAUUGAAGGACUGAUCCGACGCAAAAUGCGCAGUCACGCCUACCAAGUCCAAGCCAUGUUCGUACAAGUGCUCCAAGACGUUUCCGACGUGGUCGAAGAAAUAUUCACCCUCUCAGAAAAAGACCGCGAACGCUACGACGACGACGGCAACGUCUACUACCUCGACCCUCUCCCACUACCCGUCAUCAAACCGUUCCCCACCAAACACAUGCUGGACUUCUAG